AUGGAUAUCAUUUUGGGCAUCAGAGUCAAAGACUCGGUCAUUGUCGCCACAUCAAAAGCGUUUACAAGAGGCAUCUCGGUCCUCAAAGACACAGACGACAAGACAAGAGUGCUCAACCAGUACAAUCUGCUGGCAUUCACCGGAGAGUCGGGAGACACGACGCAGUUCGCAGACUACAUCCAGGCCAACAUCCAGCUGUUCACAAUGAGAGAAAACACAGAACUGAAUUCCAAGGCGAUUGCGUCCUUUCUCAGACAGCAAUUGGCCACCUCGAUCAGAUCAAGAACGCCCUACCAGGUGCAGGUUUUGUUGGGAGGACUCCACAAGGGCUCCGAGCCAUUUUUGUCGUUGAUCGAUUAUUUGGGCACUCGGGUGGAUCUGCCGUACUGUGCCCACGGAUAUGCGGCCUUCUACACCAUGUCGCUGCUCGACCACCACUACAGACCGGAUAUGGCCCUCGACGAAGGCCUGAAAUUGCUCAAAUUGUGCCACGAAGAGCUCGUCAAGAGAAUGCCUAUCGAAUUCAAAGGGCUCUACGUGAAAGUGAUCGACAAGGACGGCAUCAGAGAUAUAGAUUUUUCCUAA